GGCAGGCGCGAGCGGUGCCGGCGUUUGGCCCUCGAUGUGACGGGUGCGGCCCGGGCCGCUAGCGCGCUGGAAGAGCGAGGCCUCCGCGGGCGGGAGAGUUCACAAUGACGAAUGAAGAACCUCUACCAAAGAAGGUUCGCCUUAGUGAAGCAGAUUUUAAAGUUUUACCUAGAGACGAGCUCAUCCUAAGGUGGAAACAAUAUGAAGCAUACGUGCAAGCUCUGGAGGGCAAGUACACAGACCUUAAUUCUAAUGAUGUGACGGGAUUGAGAGAAUCUGAAGAGAAGCUGAAACAGCAACAGCAAGAGUCUGCCCGAAGAGAAAAUAUUCUGGUGAUGAGGUUGGCAACUAAGGAACAGGAGAUGCAAGAGUGUACUAAUCAGAUUCAGUACCUCAAGCAAGUCCAGCAGCCUAGUGUUGCCCAACUGCGAUCAACAAUGGUGGACCCAGCCAUCAACUUGUUUUUCCUAAAAAUGAAAGGUGAACUGGAACAGACUAAAGACAAACUGGAACAAGCCCAAAAUGAACUGAGUGCCUGGAAAUUUACGCCUGAUAGAGGCCUGACAGCGUCGGACUAUUCUGAAGAAAUGGCCAUCUUCGAAAAAAAUCUUUCCUAGAACAUGUAGACAUUUGCAAAAUUGUUCUAUUUGAAGAAAAUAGAGGGAGAAACAGAAGUCUUAAGUCUGUGGCACACUGUGUCUACAGACAGUUUGGAGGAGAGAGAACAUAGAGAUUAUAAAUCAUGAAUUGAACAUGUAAAAUUCCCAUAAAAUGUAGAAGUGGAAUGUGCUGCGCUCUUAACCUUGAGCCUAGUGACUUAGAGACACUAAGUCAGUUUUGCCAAUAAGACUGUGGACUUCCUGCUUGUUCACUGAACUGCUGGGUCAAAACUUGAUGAGGUGAAUUUUGCGUUAAAGAGUUGACUUGCUAACCAGUUUUGAAUAGCCACGAGAGUGCUAUUUGAUAUCACAACAGUGAUAGUGUACACAUUUGACUGUUCAGCUUUGGGUUCCCUAGCAUUUGAUGGAGCCUUAAGUCAAUGCUGCUAAUGAAUGAACUGUUUUCUGGAUGGUUGGUAAUACUGUGGACACCUCAAAAUUAGGACUGUACGAAAAUGUACAUUCGAUCUAAUUGCAGGUUUAAAAUCGUUGGAAACAAUAUAUAUUUGAUCACAACUAGCAUGUAGAAGAAAAACUGGUUGUGACAAGUAUUUUGCUGCAUGUUUUCAUGCAGAAAUGAGAAUUUUUUGAUCUUCUAUACUAGAAACUGAUCUCAAAUGCUUAAUACAGAAGGCACACAAUGGCAACUGUCUUCAGUGUUGGUGGGGUGUUUUUAUUUGUUUGUAUACCGUUUUUUUUGUAUUGCACUUCUAUAUAAAAUGUGCCUUGACAUAGUUGUAAUAGUUGAAGGAACACUACUGGUUAUACUGUUGUAUUGUGAAACUUGUGGGACGAACGAGAAUUGAACAGGUUGUUGUUUCUGCAUUGUCUCGUUCUCUGAAAAUAAGUCAGUAUUUUAACAGACCAAAAAAAACAACUUUUAAGGCAUGCAUUUUCCUCGUUGGAAUCAGCAGAGGAGCCCUUGCUAUUCUCUUGAUGCCUUUGUUCUGUUGUCCCGAGUUACUUGUAAGAGUAGUGAUUUGGGACAGUUGGGAGUGGCAUAUCUGAGGUGUGUAAAGUGAAAUGCAGAUUUGGUAUAGCAUUUGUGUGUUUAUUUUUUCCCUUAGCAAUUUGAGUACUAUUAGUGAUCUGAGGUUUUGAUUUUUCAGAGCAGUUGGACAACCUCUUAUGCCUCAGUCUGAUCCUAGAAAAUUCAAUUUUAAAUUAAAAAAGAUACCAAACUGUCACAAAAGGUGGUGUAUUCUAACUGUUUUGAUGAUUUCUACUAAGAUGGCAUUACAUAUUUUUAACUGGGAAGUAUCUUAACUGUUGUGCUUCAGAUGGUUAAUAUGGGAUUGAAGAGUAGUGGACUUAAUGCAGGUUUAUUUUUUUUGCGAGAGUAAUGGCUUAACACCAAAAGAAAAACCAACAGAAAAAGUUUACCUUUUUAAAAGUGAUACAUCUGGAAUGAUUUCGCUAUAGCAGUAUCUUAAGAUUUUAAUGAUCUAGCAUCAAAACAGAGGUAAGACUUGCAUUAAUAAAUUGUUAACGUAUUACCAAGCCAUUUGUAAAGCUGCCUAUAAUGUGCAGAUAGAGGAAUGCUGUUCAGACUGCUUUUUUUAACUUGGAGUUCAGAAAAAUUAUUUAAUACAUGAAGAUACAGGUUGGUUGUUAAGUCCUCAGUCUCUAAAUGUGUGUGUACAACUAAGGAGAGACAAGUAACUUACCAGUUUUCUUUCAAGAAAAAGUAUCAAAAGAAAAUUGUUAUUGCUGUAGCUAUGACAUACCCUGAUGUGCAUCAUAAAAAUUUAAGUCAGCAGUGUGAGUAUGCGUAAGUAAUAUAUGCAGUAGCUAGAAUACAGGAAACUUAGUUUAUUUCCUGCUAAAUAGUUGUGGCUGUCUUCGUUAACUGGGUUAAAUACUAUUGAUUUCUAUUUUGGAAAGGUAAAGAGUUGGUGACUCAUGUAACAUUUAUAGGAUUUUUCAUUGUCUUAGAAUCCUGCCUUGCACCACCCCUCCUUUAAUUGCAUUAAUUGUCCAGUCUUGUGUGCAACUACUUCUGUUUCAUGACAUCUGACCUAGUCUUUGGAAGAGAUAAUUCUCCUGUUCAGAUCCUGAACUGGUGUUCUUAGGGGGUAACAUGUUAAUUGAAACCCUAAGUGGUAAUAGUUCUGGACCUUAACCAUAAAUAGGGGUGUAAUUGUUGAUAUUUGGAGGGAGAAAUACAAAGGGUGUGUAUUCAAAGGAAUGGCUAUACUAAGCCUUGUUAGUUGCCAUUAAACAGAGUAUACACUCAGAUUAAAAGUUAGUAGAAAUGUCAUUUGUAGUAAGUCUAGUACAACAAACACUACUGGUCUUCUGAAAUUUAACCACUUAUAUUCUUACAGGUUUUGUUGCAUGUAUGAUCAGGAGGAUUUGUGAAGACAAUACCAAACUUAGUUUUAUAGCUAGUAGGAGUUAUUUUAAUAGUUACUGAAUUUUAAAUUCUUGCAUGUGUUUUGUUUGGGUUUUUUUUGUAUAUUGCAAGAGAAUGUUACUUGAUGCCAUACUAGGUCUGAACAUCUGGAAAAAAAUUAAUGGGAAGAAAUAGCAUUAUAGGUAACUAUGCAAAUUUCUAUACAGGUAAUAAAAAUUUUACAUCUUGGCAGGAGUUAACAUGAAGAAAUUAUUGGGAUUCUAAAAUUGUCCCAAUUCCAAGGUAACUGGUACUAAUUCUACAGUUGACAUUGUUUUGUGAAGAGAGAAGCAUUAAGCACUGUGAACUUCUUCAGCUUGUAGUCAUGAUGAAUACAGUAACAGGAGUUUGCAAAUUGCUAAAAAUCAUUGCAUGUCUGCCUAAUAACUUUUGGGUUAUGUCACAUUGGUUAUCUCCAAAGUGGUCCUGCUUUACACAGAAUGAACAUCUCUAAGGAAACUUGCAUCUUAAGUGUGCGACUUGGACUGUAGUAGGUCAGCACAAUUUAAACUUCAAGGACCUGGCAUUGGACAUCACAUCAAGAAAGAAAACAGGUUGCUGCCUUUAGCAGAGUUUCAGGCUUCCAGGACUUUACACUGCUUCUGGAGCAACCCAUCUGAAAGAUUUGGGAGAUUCAGUCGGAAAAUGUUAAAUGGGGCAGAGUUGGCAGAACUUUAAAGUUUUUGAAGGCUCGAAUACUUAAAAGGUAGUUGACAAGGAAAUAGUAUUCUAAAUUCUUCUGGUUGGGUAUUUUGGUUGCAGGAGAGAACUGUGACUGUGAAUUGUAGCAGAAAUUUCCUGUUCUACCUUUUUAAUCCUCAAAAUUUCUUUCAGUCUUUGUCACUUGUUUAAAAGCAAACAAAACAAAUUUAACGACCUUCUUGGUCUUGAAAAGUAAUGCAAGUCCUGCCAUUGGAUUCACAAUAAACCUGUUCAAGUUUGGGUUGAUUUUUUUUGGUGGAGCUUACACUUCGGUAGAAAAGAGAACAGCUUCAUAAUGUAGCUGAGCCUAUUAAAGGAGAACCAUUUGUAGUUGAUACUCUGACUUUAGCAGAUCAAGAGUCUUAAAGGACUUCAAUUUUUCUCUUUUAUGGAGUCAGCUGUAUUGCCUAUAUAUUAAUUUGCAUAUUACUUCCUAUAAUGCUUUACAAUGCAAUUUUUAUCAUGAAGAUUAAAGAUGUGUGAUGUUACCCACUUAGUAAAGAAAAUCUUGUUAGUUAAAAAUACUUUUUUCCUACCUGUUUUUAGUUUCUUUCAGAAACUGAACAUUACUCAUAAUCUGAAAUCUCUCAUUUUAAAGGAAGUAGUUUAAUAAUAUACUCCUUCCUUAAUUUCCUGCCAAUUUUUAACUAUGUUUUACUUGCUCCUCACCAUUCAAGAUGUGCUUAGGUAAAGCUGAUCAUGGAAAUAAUGAAACAGACUGUGUACAUUACUGUCAAAUACAUAAAUUUAGUUGAAAAAUAGACAUUUGAUUUUUUUAAACAAGAUACCUGGACAGCACUCCAAAGGCUGUCUAAGCCUCUUAAAAAUGGAUAGCACUAUGAAAAAUAAACAUACAUUUAAUAUUUUCCCCCAGGCAACUUUAUUCUUUUCACCCAACUUUAAUUACUAAGUUAUACUAGUACAAUAAAUGAAGAUGGGUUUUGUUGAUAAUUCGGUUUACAUGUGUAAUUUCUAUGCAGCACUUGAUCUUUUGAAUUACAAGGCACAUCUUUAAUCAAAUAUUUAACUCCAUUGAGAAUUAGCACAUGCAAGAUUGUGCAUAUUGAUAAUCUAGAUGUUGGUAUCAGAAAAAGAACAACAUGCUUAUUCAUGAAUAUCUGCAGUAAUAAAACUUGACUUCCACUUUACGGGACAGUGACAGAAGAUCGACCGAGAUUGGAACAUCACAUGGUAACUAUAGAGAGACUUUCUGCUAUGACAAUUAUGUUGAGGCAUAAUGUUCCUUGAAUUGUAACAUGCAGAAAUUGCAUCUCCUUUUUGUCUGUAAUUGUAAUUGGGGAAGAUUACUAAAGGUUUUAUAUUCA